AUGAUCAAUUAUAUUAUAGAUCCAUUAAUAAAUGAUCUACCGUUAAAAUCUAAUGAAGUUAUAACAUCAAUAUCAUCAUAUGAAAGAAAUAUCUAUAUAGGAACUUCAAAAGGUACAUUAUUUCAUUAUCAUUUAUUUGAAGAUGCAACUGAUUAUUUAUUAAUAAGUCAAUUAUCAAUUGGAUCUAAAUCGAUAAGAAAUUUAACAUGUCUAAAGGAAACUCAAAAACUAUCGUUAGUCUGCAAUGGUUUCGUCGAAACUUAUAUGUUACCUGAAUUAUCACCAUUUGCAACAACUUCUAAAUUACAAAAUAUAAAGUCAAUUUGUCUAUACGAAGGUGGAAACUCCAUAAUUACAAUUGCGAAAGACAAACUACAAAUUCUACGAUUGGAUGGAAAUCAAUGGAACACAAUAAAAGAAAUUGACUACAAUGGAGCCAUAAAAGUUACUUCACCAGUGAACAAUUUAAUUUUACUAGCAAAUAAUAAAACUUAUGCAACACUAGAUACAACUAACGACAAUUUAUCUCCAUUAUUUGAGUAUAAAUCAGAAUUGGAUGUACAGCCACAUAUAAUUCAAUUUCAGACUCCUCCUGGAGAUCGAGAGCAUUUAUUAACUAUUCUGUCCGACGAAAAUACAUCAAUUGCCAUGUUUAUAAAUUCCGCAGGUGAUGUAACUAGAGGCACGUUGACUUGGAUUGAUCAAGGUUAUCCAAAGAGUGUUGCAAUUAGUUGGCCUUAUGUUUUUGCAAUUUUCCGAAAUUCACUAGUUGUUUCAUCUUUAGAAAGUUUGGAGAAGGUUUUACAAAUGGAAUUAGUGGACUCAAAUACACCUAGAGAUUUGGAAAAUCAAGAAAAUAUAAGUACAAAUGAAUCAAAUUAUAACAUAGGUUCUGCGGAUAUAGUAUAUGAGGACAAAAGUGUUGAAGAAUUAACUGGUAAAUCUGAAAAAUCAUUAGCCAAGAUGGUAGUAUAUAAUGAGAAUAAAGUUUUUUUAUUACAUGAAGAGAAUAUUAUCAAGACAGCAAACAAAUUAUUUCAAGAAUCUCUAGAGACUAAUGAAUUUGAAAAAGUUCUAGCUUUAGAUGACGAACAAAACUAUACCCACCUUUUGAAAACGUUAGCUACUUUUCUUAACGAAGAAGAUCCUUUUGAGUUUCUUGUGAAAAAAGAUUCAGAUGGUGCUUUUAAAAUUAAUCCAAACUUGACACUCAAACUAUUGGGUGAAGAUGCUCCAUAUGAAGUCUAUCCAGGUCUUCAAGAAGUAAUCGAUCAAUGGGACUUUAAAGAUGGAGAAUUGGAAAAAAAGUACCUCCAAACAAUGGAACCAAAUGAAAUGACAAAAGAAUCUAGAUAUUUGUAUUAUAAGAUACUACCGCUGGAUACGAUUAAAACAUUUAUAGACAAGGACACCUGGAGUAAUGCAGAAGAUGAUAAAUUGAUAAUUAAAGAGCUACUAGAAGACCCCAAAAAGCAAAUAUUGGUAUCCAAAAUUUACAAACUGAGUACAACUGAUGUGACGUCUGAAUAUACCGAAUAUCUACUAAAAUACAUUCAGUUUGAAAUAAUAGAUGAUGCUAUACAAUUUUUACAAAAAGCAAACCUUGAAGAAAAAGAGUAUAGUAAACUAUUAUUAAACGUAAUAAGAUUAGAUCAAAAAAAGGGUUAUGAUUUUAUAAAGAAGUCCAAGAAAUAUCAUGAAGUCAAUAGAAGAAUUUUGAAUGGGUUAUCAGACGAGAUGAAAGGUGAAGAUUUUUCCUUUUUACAAAUUGAGUUACUUGAAACGUCAUUUUAUGAAAAUGAAGCUUUGAAAGAUGAAUUGUUUGAACUUAUAAUGUCCACAUUAAAAUCUAUUUAUAAUGAUGAUAUGUCAGCCAAGGUAAAAAAAGUCCACGAAGACUACAAAGUUUACAACUCCUUGGAGAAUGACAACUGGCCCAAAAUAUCAUGGCUAAGCUACCUCAACCUAUCACAAGACGCUAGUAUUAAACCAUUUAUUGAGCUAUAUCUCAAAUCUUUCGAAUUAGCUUUGGCAAGUGAAAAAUCUACUAACAUUUUCCAGUACCACAAAAUCUACAAAGAACAAAAUAUACAAGAAUUACUCAAUUUUGGUGACUAUUCAACUGCUGAAAAAUUGGCAAAAGGUAAGUCAAUAGAGUUUAAAUACUAUCCCAAACUUCAACAAAACACGUUUGAAUACGACAAAACGAAAUUGAUAUCAAUCUUCGAGUUUUAUCUAAGCAUUUAUGAAAAAGAGAAAAAUUAA